AGAGGAGCCACGAGCUGGGUUGAGUCUCCACGGUUCUCAUGGUGUGUUUAAGUGCAGCCCCCUGCUCUGAGCUCUUCAACAGUCAGACAGACUCUCUGUUACCGUGAGGACGAACACAUCAACGCUACAAAAUGGCAGAAGUAGCUCCAGCUGCAGCUCCCGCUGCGGCCAAAGUAGCCAAGAAGAAGGUGUCCAAGCCGAAGAAGACUGGUCCCAGCGUCGCUGAGCUCAUCGUUAAAGCUGUGGCCGCAUCCAAGGAGCGGAGCGGCGUGUCUGCGGCCGCCGUCAAGAAGGCUCUGGCCGCCGGAGGAUACGAUGUGGAUAAGAACAACUCCCGGGUCAAGACCGCCAUCAAGAACCUGGUGACUAAGGGGACUCUGGUCCAGACCAAGGGGACCGGGGCCUCUGGCUCCUUCAAGAUAAGCAAGACGGCUGUCGAGAAACCGGUCAAGAAAGCCGCUCCUAAAGCCAAGAAGCCCGCAGCUAAGAAACCCGCAGCGGCCAAAAAGCCCAAAGCAGCGGCAGUAAAGAAACCAGCAGUCGCUAAGAAGUCACCGAAGAAGGCCAAGAAACCCGCAGCGGCCAAGAAACCAACAAAGAGCCCCAAGAAGGCGACCAAGAGCCCCAAAAAAGUAGCAAAGAGUCCCAAGAAGGUGGUCAAAAAGGCCCCCGCACCCAAGAAAUCCCCCGCUAAGAAGGCUGCCAAGCCCAAAGCAAAGAAGGCAGCACCCAAGAAGAAGUGAGCUGUUAUCUCAACAACAAACACUCCGAUAAAAGGCUCUUUUAAGAGCCACCCACAUCAUCU